GGCUUGGCGCUGAGGCGGGAGGCGCAGCAAGUUUGUGCGGAGAAAGAGCGAGAGGGAGAGAGAGAGAGAGAGCGUGUGUGUGAGAGAGAGGGGAUGCAGCGGGCUCCCGGCGCAGCCUGAAAAAUGGCACCACUCUGGAUUUACCCGUUCCUCCUUUUCUGCCUCCUGUUUUCCCUCAAACCGAGUCGAGCCUUACGGAGUUACCCGGAGAACGAAGUUACACUAUUGGACUCUAUGUCUGCACUGGGGGACCUGGGUUGGGAGGCCUAUCCAGCAGAAGGGUGGGAGGAGAUCAGCGUGAUGGAUGAGCGCAACACGCCCAUGCGCUCCUACCAAGUGUGCAACGUGAUGGAGGCCAACCAGAACAACUGGCUGCGGACACGCCACAUCCCACGUGACGGCGCCCAACGUGUCUACAUCGAGAUCAAGUUCACGCUACGCGACUGCAACAGUUUGCCUGGGGUCCCAGGAACAUGUAAGGAAACCUUCAACAUGUAUUACUAUGAGUCCAACAACCCCAACCUGUGGUUUAUCAAGGAGAGCCAGUACGUCAAGAUCGAUACCAUAGCAGCUGAUGAAAGCUUCACACAGACCGACGUUGGUGACCGCGUCAUGAAACUCAACACGGAGGUGCGCGACAUCAGCAACCUCAGCAAGAAGGGCUUCUACCUGGCCUUCCAGGAUGUAGGAGCAUGCAUCGCUCUGGUGUCCCUGCGAGUCUUCUACAAGAAGUGCCCCACAGCCGUGCUGAACCUUGCGCAGUUCCCUGACACGGUGACCGGAGGUGACUCUGCACUGGUUGAGGUGCGGGGCUCCUGUGUCAAUGACUCGGAAGAGUUUGAAGCACCCAGGAUGUAUUGCAGCGCUGACGGAGGGUGGCUGGUCCCCAUCGGGCGCUGUGUCUGCAAGCCGGGGUUUGAGGAGAGCAAAGACUACUGCCAACCUUGCAGACCGGGCACCUACAAGGCUUCGUCAAUGGACGGCUACUGCAGCAAGUGUCCACCUCACAGCUACUCUCACCAGGAGAAAGCCUCUGAGUGCGAGUGUGAGAAGGGCUUCUACCGUGCCGACAUGGACCCCCGAUCCAUGGCCUGCACCAGGCCCCCUUCAGUUCCAGAAAACCCCAUCUCCACUCUGAAUGACACCUCCGUCACCCUGGAGUGGAGCCCCCCACGGGACAGUGGUGGACGUGGUGAUGUUACCUACAACAUCCACUGCAGAAAGUGUCCAGGGGAUGGCAGGAAGUGCAGCCCCUGUGGCAGCGGUGUCCAUUUUCUUCCCCGUCAAUUUGGACUCUCUAUGGCCAAAGUGCUGGUCUCAGACCUGCUGUCUAACACCAACUACACCUUCAGCAUCGAGGCGGUCAACGGGGUAUCUGACCUGAGCCCGACCCUGAAACAACAAGUGACUGUCAAUAUCACCACUGGCCAGACAGUGAGUGUUAUUCUGAAAGAGAGAAAGAGUAAGGACAGCAUCACUCUGGCGUGGCAGGGGCCUGACAGACCAAACGGAGCCAUCGUCGAAUACGAAGUCAUUUAUUAUGAAAAGAACCAGCGGGACCAGAACUACACAGUGCUGAAGACCAAGUCUAAUGUGAUGACGGUGGAAGGCCUGAAACCUGGGACUACCUAUGUGUUCAGAGUCCGCGCUCGCACCGACGGAGGCUACGGCAGCUACGGUGGUGAGAUCGAGCUGGAGACCAGCCAUGAAGAUAUGUUGGCUAUUGGAGAUCCCAACCAGUCCACCAUUCUGGCCGUGUCAAUAGCAGGUGGCGUGGUGCUGCUCAUCUUCUUGGUGGCCUGCUUCGUAGUGAGUGGAAGACACUGCGGCUACAUCAAAGCCAAGCAGGACCCAGACGAAGAGAAGAUGCAGUUUCAGCAUGGAAGAGUCAAACUCCCAGGAAGCAGGACCUACAUCCACCCACACACCUAUGAGGACCCCAACCAAGCUGUGCGUGAUUUCGCUAAGGAAAUAGAUGCUUCCAGCAUCCGAAUAGAGAGAGUCAUUGGCGCUGGAGAGUUUGGGGAGGUGUGCAGCGGCCGCCUGAAGCUGCCCAGCAAACGUGAGAUCUACGUUGCCAUCAAGAGUCUGAAAGCAGGCUACUCCGAGAAACAGAGGCGGGACUUUCUGAGCGAGGCCAGCAUCAUGGGCCAGUUUGACCACCCCAACAUCAUCCGGCUGGAGGGAGUGGUCACCAGAUGCAAGCCAGUGAUGAUAAUAACGGAGUACAUGGAGAACGGAUCCUUGGAUACCUUCUUAAAGAAACAUGACGGGCAGUUCACCAUAAUCCAGCUGGUGGGGAUGAUGCGAGGAAUUGCAUCGGGGAUGAAGUACUUGUCGGACAUGAACUACGUCCACCGCGACCUGGCCGCUCGCAACAUCCUGGUCAACAGCAACCUUGUGUGUAAGGUGUCAGAUUUCGGCCUGUCACGGGUGCUGGAGGAUGACCCUGAAGCUGCCUACACUACACGGGGUGGUAAAAUCCCAAUCCGGUGGACGGCACCAGAAGCCAUCGCCUACAGGAAGUUUACCUCGGCCUCAGACGUGUGGAGCUACGGCAUCGUCAUGUGGGAGGUGAUGUCAUAUGGAGAGCGGCCGUACUGGGAGAUGUCCAAUCAAGAUGUGAUAAAGGCAAUAGAUGAAGGCUACAGGCUGCCGGCUCCCAUGGACUGCCCCGUGGUGCUCCAUCAGCUGAUGCUGGACUGCUGGGAGAAGAGCCGCAGUGAGAGGCCCAAAUUUGGCCAGAUUGUCAACACCCUGGACAAGCUGAUCCGCAACCCCAACAGCUUGAAGGAGCUGGCCAAUAGCUCCAUAUGGGAAGAUCCAACGACUCCAGAGUUCAGCGUCAGUUCUGUGGAUGAGUGGCUAGAUGCUAUCAAGAUGGGCCAAUACAAGGACAACUUCUCCUCCUCUGGAUACGUCACGUUAGAUUCAGUACUCUACAUCAGCCUAAGCGAGUUGAGUAAAAUGGGCGUGACUCUCGUGGGACACCAGAAGAAAAUCCUCUCCAGCGUCCAGGGUCUGCACGCCCAGGGCAGCCAUGUGCAGGUAUAACACAGCCCCAGAGUGGACAGACUGACUGACAGACAGAGAAGGAGAGAGAAAAAGAGAGAGCAAGAGAGCUAAAGCCAGGACAGCUGCUCUCAGAACAGUCCCCGAUCAGCAGCUUCACCAUAUCAACCCCCAUUUUUGGACGAUUGGAGCGCCGCUCCAGCCUGCGGUGCAGAGACUGACCUGCAGUGGGCAACGCAGACAGAAUGGACGCUCACCAAAUGCAGAGGAUACUAACUUUAAAAACGCAUAUGUGAUUUAACAACCACUGUUUUGUGAAGUGUACAGUCAUUUUGCAUCGUCUUUUGCAUUCUUUGUGUUGUCGUUCGCUACCUGUUCGAGGCUUGAUUUAGCUUGUGAAGUGCAUAAAGAGGUGCCUGAUAAUAGCUGGAGUGGAUUUGGACCUAAGGUUGGUGCAGUCGGAGCCUACCUCAGUUAUGGGUAUGCCAGCCAUUCUUCUAGAAAAUGACGGAAGUGGAUCAGAGGGAGUGACCUACAGCAUUAGUUGUCAGUUUGGUGGAGGUAUGAUGUUUGCUGAAACUGGCCAUUUCAUUUUUGUACAGUGAUGAUUCUAUAUCACUCCCCAAAUCCCCAACAGCAAACAGAUGAGCUUUCUAUUUGGGUUUCCUGUCUAGCAGCAAUAGGAGCUUGUGUUUCACCAGCGGAAAUAGAGCUAGCACUCGACUUGAAAUGCAGUCGCGUCCGAGAUGAUGGAGAAAUGACACAAGGCCGUGUUAGGAGGGCAUAUGAGGGCACAAUGAGAGCCACACUGCUGUAUUAUAUUUAGUUAGCUGAGUAAUGGCUGUUUUUGCUCUCACGGCAGCAGCGCAAUCAUGUUUGUUUGUUUUGUUUUUUUGUUGUUGUUUUUGGUUCUCUUGGUGAUAUCUUGGCCAUGGUUCUGAAGUACCUCCAUUAUUGCUUUUUUAACAUCAUGAGGAAGUGCUUGGAUCUAUAAACAGAGACUAUUUCUUGUUUUUUUCCCCCCAUUUCAUUUAUUUUGGCUGCAGUGAAGCAGAAUGUGUGCAUGAUGGAUACUAAGAAAUUCUCCAUUAUUUGCCUAAAUAUGCUAAUAACUAGCUGUUUCCAUGAGUUAGAAGCGACAUUUUUAGUGAAGGUCCUCUGGCUAGCAAGCUAGCCCACACCUGUAGCUUCAUGGCUAGCAUCUAACUAAUGCAUGGCUACGUUUACGUGAGCAAAUCUGUAGACAAGAAGUAGGGGAGUGUGAUGUUAGCAUUAUGCAGAAGACUGUAAAAAGGAAUAGAAUAGACGUUGCCCACCAUGUCUCCGUCACCUUUAUGUUUACAACCGUGCUAACACGCUAAUCCCGGAAAGACAAACGCAACACAUACUAUUGUACUAUAGUGUAAAAAAGUGUACAGUAUUGAUUUCGAAUGAUCAAAGGUUAAAGAAGAACCUCUAGGAUGUUUGUAACAAUGUACUUUUAUUUAGUUUUUGAAGAGACAAAAGAAGACGCAAGGCGUAGCGCUCAGCGGGGUGGGGGAUAGCAGGCGAACCUCUGGAAUGUAGCAUGGAUAACUCAAGCUUCGUCUUUGACUGACAAGUGAAAGUGACUGCAGUUCUUUCUAAUUCACUCAAGUGGUGGCUGUAGCUGCUUGACUUUAGAUGCCUUAUUAACUGUGCUGUUUCUUUCUCUUCUCUUCCCUUCUUCCCGGUAGAGGCAGUAUCAUGAGAUAUUAUUGUACAUAGUAUUUAUCAUGGCGUCACUGAAGACUAUUGCUCAGUAGUAAAGCCUGGCUCAACACGUUUACCGUCGUGUAAGCUGUACUUUUAACCACAGUAUUCAUCCAGCAAGCUUGUGUUGGUGCAUGUGGCUUUGGGAUGAAGAGCGAUUCAAUUGAUAAAACCUACAAUGCUGAAUAAAAUUCCUCAUGCUAAUUUUGCUGCAAGUCAGUUGCUACACUACUAUUUUUGUACCAGUCGUUCUGUGUGGUAGGUUUGUUUCAUUUAAGCAGAAUACAGAAAUCAAAGGUAGAUUUCUUCGAUUAUUCGCAAAGUCCUUCAGCCUUCAGCACAUAUUGAACCUUUUCCCAUUUACCAUUGCUUUCUAACGGCUUUGGAAAAAUCCAGCUGUGACUAACUUUUGGUAGUAUCUGCUUUCAGAUGAUCUAAGCUGAUUUUUGAUGGUCAUUAGCUGGGUUCUUCCUGAUCUGAGAGGCUAACAAGCUCAACAUCCACUUGGACAAGGUGAAAACAUACCACAUGCUGUUCAACUGGUUAAGCUGUUUUGCUUGGUCAAGCUGGUUAUGUUGUUUAAACCUUAAACCUAAACGAAAACAUACCACAUGCUGGUCAACCAGCCUGACCAGCUUGUUUCUCCAGCAGGGUAGUUAUUCCAUAUUUGGUGCAUUGUAGUUCAAUAUAGAUCCAUAUAUUCUAUAUAUGAUUCAAAGCAUUAUUGUUCUCCUGCACUAAUGUUCAUAAUUACUGUUUUCCGGUUCAUUGAAUGUUCAUUAUCACCUGAUUUUAUGAGAUUACUGACGUUGUGUGUAUUUUGCUGGAACAUUAACAUAAAGCAAUUGAAUUCUUGGAAGUAGCACAUAAUAUUGAUGAUUAGGGCAACUUUUAGUUCAACUUCUAGUACUGAUCUUAUUUGUUAACGGCAACAAAGGAUUCACUCUGAUAUAUAUGAAAUAAUUUCUUUCGUUUGUUCUCAUGUGUUUUGCCCAUGCACAGAUUAACACAAAGUGUACACGUAUUGUAAAGUUAUAUUAAUAUUCUGAUAUAAGUUCAUCUGUUCCAGCUCUAAAUCUCUUAAUGAAUUGUAUUAACUGUUUCUGCGACACAGCAAGACACAAAAUGCAAUAUUCAUCUUUCAAAACUCAGCAGGUUCAUUUUUAAUACUUGUUUCACACCUCUGCAGCGGAACAUUACUGCUUCAGAUUCUCUCGCAUGGAUUAUGAUGUGAACGUUCUGAAAAAUGGACAGCUGUAGACGCACUGUUGACCCUCAUCACACUCAAAAAAAAAAGUACAAAGACAAUAUGUUAAAGGUUUUAUAUUAUGAACUUCAUUUUUAUUUUUGCAAAUAUGUGCUCAUUCUGAAAUGAAUUUCUC